AUGCUUAAACGACGUUUUAGGAGACGGGAAGUACCUGUUGAUGUUCAUAGUGAAGACGAAGAAGAAUUCGACAUAGCGAUUGAGUCUAGUGAUUUAUCUGAAUCAGAGGCAAGUGAAGACUCUGAUGUAGAAAGUGAAGCGUCUCACAGUGAAGGUGAAGAAGGAACACAGGAAGAAGUUGGUACUAUCAAAGAGGACUUAGUAACAAGAGAAGAAUUAGGUUCAACAAAAGAAAACGCAAAAUCUAUUCACGAAAAAACUAAUUCUCAUGUUGAGAACACGAUUUCAAGUUCAAGUGAAGACCUUUCUAAAACCGGUAUAAAGUCAAAAGUGGCAAAAAAAACCAUAUCUAUUAACAAACAAAAAUUAAAGGCAGACGAACAGGAAGAGAAUAAUUAUUUUACCGUCAUUAAAGAUUCUGAUACUAGUUCCUCAGAUGAAGAAGUAUUACAAAGUCAUUCUGACGAAAAUGAAAAGCUUGAUAAUUCGCAGAAUUCCGUCAAUACCCCCGAAAUACCAUUGACAGGUUGGCAAAAGAAAGUGUUGGCAAGACAAGAAUAUCGUAAAAAAUUAGCAGAUGAUCCCGCAUUUGUACCUCAUCUUGGCGAAUUCUGGGGACAUGAUGAUCGAUUUAUUAAGGAUGAACUUAAAAAUGAUUUUGAUUCACAUCAUCGUAAACCGCCAAUCGCUUCUAGAGGUAGGGGUGUAUGGGGAAAUCCUCCUCCAAGGGGUCGAUGGGAUCAUGACGGAUUUCAAGAAUUGAUGAAGAUUGAAGACGAAGAGAAACAUAGAAAGGGAUUUCAACGUAGUAUACAACAUCGUCGCGAAUUUUUUCCUCCGCCUCCGCGACGUCGAUCACAUAACAUUGCAUCUCCAAAGUCAAAUUAUUCACGUCCUUCGAACUUUUCGAAUGGAAGAAGGGGUUCAUCUGAAGAAAAAUCUAGAUCAAGAGGGAAGUUCUUUUCAAGAUAUGAUGCAAAGAAUAAGGAAGGGAGUGUUGAUGAUUUUAACCAAUAUCAUAAACCGAAUGUAGGUGAAAGUAGAUCAGAAAAUUCAUAUAACGACAACGGUGAAAACAUAUCUUCAUCCCAGCUUAAUGAUAACAAAACUUCCACCGAAAAAGAUAGUAUGUUUCAGCCAAGAGGUAGAAACGGAUUUCGCGGAAGAGGUUAUAGUAGCAGACAUUAUAUGCGUUCAAAUUUAAAUCGGAAUAGCUCGUUUACUUCUAGCCAUGCUGACAAUGAAGUGGUAAAUAGAAAAAAAAAUGUAGAUAAGGACAAAUCUGAAGAACAACUGAAUGACGAUGUGAUAAACACUAAAGACUCGGAUGUUGUGCAUAAUGGAAGUCAUGAAAAUUUACUUGAAAAGAAUAAAGAUAAGGUUGUGGAAAAUCAAGUUGAAGAAGUGAGAUCGGCAAAAGAUUUAGCCGAUGUGAAUGCUGCUGCAUCAAGCUCAUCCACAAAGGAAGGAAUAGAGACAAAAUCCUCAACAAAGGAACAAGAUAAAGUCUAUGAAGGAUCAAAUGAAGGAUCCGAAGUGGAGAUUAUUUUAGAUCCUCAGAGUAAAAAAGCAAUCGAAAAUAAUGGAACCCAUUCUACUUCACAAUCAAUAAACAAUAUUACUUCAAGCUUAAAUGAUUUAUCCAUUAGUAAUAAUAAACAAAAUGAUACAACUGGAUCUCUAUCGACGGACAAAGAUCGAGUUCAGACCAAUCAAGCAUCUAAACGGUAUUCAACCAAAAGAGCUGCUUCUUCCUCGACAACUCAGCAGCAAACACAAACAAAUGAAUCAUCGGUAAAAGGAGUAUCAAAUAAUUCUCGAACGAGUGAAAUCCCACCAUCAGCUGUCUUUGCACCGCCGUUCCAACCGAGAGCACUUGCUCUUUCUAAUGACAAUCCCAUUUCCAACGAGGACACAUCAAAUAAUUUCCUUUUACAAAAACCACCAAUCUCAUAUUAUACGGAUAAUCAAGGAUUAAGAAAUAAUCUUUCAACUGAAAAUAAUUUGCCACAUCCAACGCCUGCUCCAUAUGAGAAUAAUGGCGUUUAUUAUUAUUAUCCGCCAGUAUAUUAUCCUCAAUAA